AGGGCGGGAUGUUUUUUUUGGAGACCCGGAAGGACGCCGUUGACUAGACAACAGUGAUUAUUGACAGUCCUGGGAAUAAACCGCAAAAUGAAUAGUGUGUAUAUAUAAAAAAGGAAUAUUUAAAUAGUUUGUAAAAAUGCGUGGCUUUUUUUUAUUGCAAGUAGUUUUACACGUGAUAAAUUGUUGCUAGGUUAGUAAGAGAAGGAUGAGGGAUUUUAUUUAGAAGUUGCACUGAAACAUGGCAGAAGCUCAGAUUUACAGUUAAAAUAACGAUGGACCAAAACUUAUGUUCUGGUUUGGAGGAAAAACCCAGUUGUCCUGUCAACAAAUCAGUGAAAGGUUUGCUGAACGAGGUCCAGAGUGUUUACGGAGAGAAGCUCAGGCGCCUUGAGUGUGAAAUAAAAUGCUCUCCAGAGGAGAUCCUGAAGAUGAAAGUCCAGAUCCUACACUCUUACAUAAGUGACCUGAGUGACCAGAACAGAAUCCUGGUCCACACAGUGGAAGAGCUGGAGAAAGAAGCGAACGAGAAGGUCACGGACCUGAAAGCGAAACUGCAGACUUCAGAUGAAGGCAUUAAGGAUUUGGACUGUCAGAGGAGACGACUUGAGGAAGACAACAAGAGUCUGAGAGCUGAGAUUCAGCAGCUGAAGGGCGACGCCCGAACCCUUGUCACGUGUCUCCCGUUAAGGCCGCAGACUCUGGAGAACGUCGCCGAGCGAUCAGAUCUCAGCACUCGGAUAUCGCAGAAUCCGGGCGACCUUCUGAAGGCUCAGGUGGAGCAUCUGCAGAAUCAGCUGAAGACCAAAAGCAGGAUUAUUCAUCGUCUAAAAGAGGAAAUGAAGACUCUUUUGUCCCACAGAGUUCAGGAGAAGAUGGAGGGCAAAAGGGUUACAGAAGCUCUGGAGGAGGUGUGUAAAGAGGAGGUGUGUAUACCGAGAACCGCGCAAAAGCGAGCGCACAACGAGAUACACAAGACAGAAAGCAAGCUGUCUGCAGCCCAGAAGCGACUGCACGCGACCACGAAGCAGCUCAUGGAAAUGAAAACAGAGUGUGAACAAAAACAGAAGGAGGUUGAGAAGCUACGAGAAGAUGCCACAAGGUGUGAAAUGCUGGUGAAGGAGCACACUGAGGACUUUCAGAGAGUAAUCACUGAGAAGAGAACCCGGGAACUGGAGCUCACCGCAAUCGCAGAGAAACACAGAAUUGCUCAGCAAGAGGUGUCCAGCCGAGAUCAGGCGAUUCUGCAGCUGAGGGUGGAGCUUCGACUUGCAGGGGAGAAGAACCAGGGCAUGCAGGAGGAGCUGGGGCUGCAGGAGGCUGAGGUCAGCAGGCUUAAUGAGAAGGUGAGGAAGCAGCAGGCCUACUUACAGGAGCUGAGCGAGAUGUGUCGCCACGGAAACGCCUGUAUAGACCAUGAACAGCAGAAAACACAGCAGCUCCACUGUGAACUACAGCUCGCCCAGCAACAGCUGAAGAGGCAGGCCGAGCGUAUGGAGCGUCUGCAGGGGGAACUGACCGGCUCACGGCUCGACCACACCGCCGACGCCGAGCGCUGGACUCUGAGGAACCUUCUAUUGCAGGCAGAAGUCCAGCAGCUCCAGGAGCAGAACGUCCAGCACACGGAGAUCCUCGGAGAACUCAAAGAGAAGCUCAGAGACGCUCAGGAGAAGGAACGAGAGUACGAGGAGUUCCUGAAAAAGCGAGAUGUAGAGAUCAGACUUCUGACCCAGCAGCUGGAGGAGAUCCAGGACGAAGCUCAGAAGAGCAGGAACUCAUCACAGAGUCAUCGUUCUGCUCUGGACAUCUUCAAACAGAAAUACACCACUGCUAUGGAGAAGGUCCAGCAGCUGCAGGUCCAGAUGCAGAGAGCAGAAGAAGAGGCAGAGCUUUUUCAGAUACAGGCUGUAGAGGCCCGAGCAGACGUGUGCAGUCUAAGAGCUGAAAUGUCUGUUCUCGAGACUCGCUACAAGCAGAAAGCGAGACAAGCGGCGCUCACGGAGGAGGCCAUGGAGCUGCUCACAGACGAUCUCCAGGUGGCGUUGGACGUCCUGAGAAACCAAGAGAAUCAGAGAAACCUGCAGCACCAGGAAGAGACGGAGAAAUUACGAGUCAGAACAACUAGUCAACAAAAAAAGGUGGAGAAGGAGCUGGCUCUGGUGAAAUCCGAGCUGCAGAACACGCUCCUGAUUCUCAAGACUAGAACUAAAGAACUGCAGGAGCUCCAUGAGGAGAUGCAGAAAGCGAGCGAGGUGAAGAACGUGAAAGAGGAGAACGAGGUUAUGAGGAACAAGCUCGAGCAGAUGGGGAAUCAACUUCAGGAGCUCCUCGCCUUCUUUACAGAUACAGCUGAUGCGGUUCUCAGGCAGGAAGACGAGAAGACAGAACAGCAGCUGAGUAACGAUCCUGAAGAGGAAGAGGACAUCUGUCAAAUCGCACGGCUACAGUGGACUGUAGAGAAGCUUAGAGCCGAGGCUAGACUUUUCCUGAAGAAAGCUGUAGAAGAAGCAGAGACGCAGCAGACACUCGUCUGUGAGGCUGCGAGAGAAAGAGACGAGGCCAGAGAGCAGCUUCAGGGGCUGAAACAGAAUCUGGAAGAAACCCAGACAGAAAACUCUCACCUCCAUCAGGAGAGAGAAAAGCUGGUGACCAACAUCAACCUCUGGAUCACUGAGCACAAAGCCGCUAACAAGAGUCUGGCGAGACGGAUCAAACGGCACUGCGAGGUUUUGAGCAGCGUCAGUCUGGAGAGAGAGAAUGCGCACAAGAAGCAACUAGCUGAUAACUUGAGCAAAAUAGACAACAUCCAAUCGAGGCUGAGGUCCAACGUGCAGUCUGUCGAGAUGCUAAACCAACAGCUGAGCAGAAUGAGCGAAGAGAACAAGAAGAACAGGAAGCUGCUGGAAAAGGAGAGGAAAAUGCGCUCACAUCUGGAGCUGUUGCUGGGCUUCAGGGUCACCCAGAGCUCGGGCCGCCUUACUUCUCCUCCAUCCCUGGAGCUCUCAGACCUAGAUCUCGAGUCGGUUCAAGCUUGCUUCUCAGUGCAGCUCGGGGGAAUGUGGGAGAAAAGACCAAAGUCUGCUUUACAUUAGUGUUAGGGGUUACGUCGAUCAAUUACAUUAGCAAGAACCUACAACUUCCACACACAGAAAGGUCACACACACAUGACCGACAUGGCAAGUGACCAAUCAGGGCUUUCCCUUUAACUCGAUGAUCAACACGUGAAGGGUCGAGCACUUAGCUUUGUAGAAGUAGCAAAAACAUGUCCAAUUCCAUGAAAACUCUCGCUAAUAUUUAUCGACUCAUGAUAGGAACAGGUAGAUUUAGGGAUUACGGUUAAUGUUUGAAAUACGACCAGACCCUUAGAAAGUAGAAAUUUUUGGAAAGCGAAGACGCAGUUUUCAGAUCUGUGUGGAUCGACAUUAGACAUUAUAAGAAUUUUAAUCUGAUUCUUUGUGAUUAAAGCUUCAUCAUGAACUUUGUGACAUGAACUUUGAUUCCUACUCAAAAUUACAAGGUGGUAUCAAAAUGUUUUGAGACUAACAGUGCUAACUGAUGGGAUUCUGACCACGUCUGUUAUCACGUCUGUGAUUUCCCCAUGGACAGCAAGUUAGAACGACGAGCAAACGUGAAAUUGUGCAUGGAAAUGGUCAAAUCUGCCACAUACAACAUACGUUUGACGUAUGGCGAUGCUGCAACAAGUCGUUCGAGGUGUUUCGAGCAGCAUUGGUGCUUCAAGAGCUGAAGAACAUCACUGGAAGACGACGAGAGAUCAGAAAGACCUUCAACAAGCUCAACCUCUGGAAAAAACUUCCGGCAACUCGUGCAUGAUGAUCGUCAGAAAACGUUUUACGUGAUUUUACUACCACACCCGCACUACUCACCAGAUUCAGCUCGUAAGGAAUUCGUUUCUUUUUUUCGAAGAUGAAGAUGCAGCUCAAAGUUCGCCGUUUUGACUCGGUUGCUGAGAUCCGGUGCAAAUCGCAGAAGGUGCUUCAAAAAAGAAGAUUUGCAGGACACGCUCCAGAAGAACGUUGGGGGCGCUGUAUUACCGUGCAAGGGGGCUAUUUUGAAGGUGAUGGUGUGGAAAUACUUUCUUGUAAACAGCACUCGUCUUAAAAAGUUCCCAUUUUUUUCUAAAAAUAGAAUUUGUUCAAUAAAAAAAAUAACGCUUGCAUUAGGAUGAGUUGUGAGUUUUCGUAGCUUGUACGGUGUCACAAACAUGAACUAUAUAAAUAAAUGACCUGAAAAAGAUGGACGGAAUACAUACAACUUAGAAAAAUGUCCCUGAACUUUGCGCCGAGCGUUCCAUUACGCCAUCACUGGUUUCUAAUGACACGUUGGGGUCGUGCAGACGUGAGAAAUCUAGAGCAGGGGGGCAUUUUUAAUUCAUGAGUUAGUGGUCAGUGAUUGAGGUGUGUUUUCUAGCCCUGUUUGUGUGUGUGUGUGUCUGUGUGUGUGUGUGUGUGUGUGUGUGACCAGGGACGUAUAUUUUACACUGAAAAUGAGCUCUCAUCUGUGUGUGAUUGUGCUCAUGAAUAAGUGAAGCGAUGGAUCACCUGCUGUCUGUGGCCUGCAUGUUGAUAAUGCAUCGUUAUUUUGGGUUCAUUCGUACACCGCAAGUCGACUUCGCUGAACGUGGGGUUUUUCCUCACGGGAACAAAACGUGGCAGUGAGAAGAAACGUGUGAUCCCAUGACCGGGUGAUAGAGCGAUGAUGAAGACGUGUCACAAAAGAAAAAACUUU